CUCCGGUCUGCGUGUCCGAUUCCAACCGCAUGUUCACGCUGGAGUCGCUGAAGGCCGUCUGGCACGGGCAGAAGCUGGACUUCUUCAAGUCGGCGCACGUGGGCUCGCCGGCCCCCAACCCCGAGGUGAUCCAGCUGGACGGGCAGAAGAGGCUCCGCAUCCUCGACUUCGCCCGCGGCAAGAGGCCCCUCAUCCUCAACUUCGGCAGCUGCACCUGACCCCCGUUCAUGGCCCGCCUGAGGUCCUUCCGGCGCCUGGCCGCGCACUUCGUGGACAUUGCCGACUUUCUGCUGGUGUACAUCGAAGAAGCGCACCCCUCCGACGGCUGGGUCAGCUCGGACGCUGCCUACAGCAUACCCAAGCACCAGUGCCUCCAGGACAGGCUGCGGGCGGCGCAGCUGAUGCGGGAAGGGGCGCCCGAUUGCCCCCUGGCCGUGGACACCAUGGACAACGCUUCCAGCGCUGCCUACGGCGCCUACUUCGAGCGGCUCUACGUCAUCCAGGAGGAGAAGGUGAUGUACCAGGGAGGCCGAGGACCGGAGGGCUACAAGAUCUCCGAGCUGCGGAGCUGGCUAGACCAGUACAAAACCCGGCUCCAGAGCCCCGGCGCGGUGGUCAUCCAAGUGUAAAAAGGACCCGGCAGAAGGCGCGGGGGGAGAGAGGAGGGGGAGGCGGAGGAACGCGAGGGGGCUCCGCGCCGGGGCUGCGUGCGGGCGAGAUGUGCCAUAGUCCUUUCUCUAUUCAAAUCAUGUUGAUUUGCCAGCCACGCUCUGUCAAUACUGUAUUUCCAUGUGCGUUUUGUAAAUAACUCUCUUUUUUUUUUCCUUUUUUUUUCUUUUGAGAAGCGUUUACUAUUUUUUAAGGCGGCUCUCUUCCUUCGGGAUCUGUUCCCAGCUGCGUGUGUGCGCGGGUGUGUGUCUGAAAAGUUGUGUACAAGUGCUCCGUGCUGCCUAGCAAGUGCUAACUGGGAUUUCUAGUAUUUCUUUGUGAUGACCGAUUUUGAAAUGGGUUUCUCUAAUGCCAGGAAAUCGUGUCUGAUGUUGUCAAGUACUAGAACUGCCAAUAGCCAGAGCUGAACGGAAUGUCCUAUUUAUGGGGUAGGGGGGUUUUGUAAGACGUUCGUUCACAUUUUUUUUAAUGAAUUUUUUUAAAUAAUAAAGGUUGAGUAAAUACACAUCUAA